GUGGAAAGUUAUCGAACGCACCUUGAUGCCCUCUCGAGAAUAUUUCAAAUGACGCUCAUAGUGACCAUGAUUAAUUACCUGACCGCACCGUCGCCGCGGUCGUGCGCGGGUAACCUAAAAGAAGGGCACCAACGGAGCGCAUACCUCACAGGUGACCCACCUCCACACCUACCCUAGCUCAGUGGCCGCGUGGGGGGUGGGACGAUGAAUCAGAGGGAAACUCGGUCUGUAUCUGAAUCUCAGGUGCUCUGAAAUUUAAGGGUCAUGACUAUGGCUCUUGCCCGUAUGAUGCAGCAUGGACGUGGAAAGGGUCUCCCGGAAGAGGGCCAUGCGCGCUACAGAGCGGCUAGCUGCCAUCGCCGCCCGUUCUGCUCUCGUAUAUUUUCGAGUUUCGGUGUUUGCCGCGAUCCUGAACACGAUAGUGACCGCUGACGGCAGAGUCGAGCUCAGAGUCUUUACAGAAUGAGCCGUUAAGACACGGGAACUGCGCCAAGGUUGGGUCGCGCGGAGCGGCGCCCGUCCGAUGGAGAGGAAGGCAAACUUGUAGGGAAAAAAUGAGAAAUCUUUGGCAGAGCAGUUGCCAGAUGUCAACUCGUUGGAGUCCCGGACAAGAAAUGGCAGGGGAAGCCUGCAGCCGGAAACGAAUGAUUUGAUCGAUGGUGGGCACGGCGGGACCUGAUGGCUAAGGUAUGGAUAGAACCAGCAGAAACGGUGAAAAGAUGAUGAUGCCUCAGGAACGGAGGAAGCUCAGGGCCCAAUUCUGUACCUAGUUGCACGCUGGGAGUGGUCUUUCCCAGGUCAAACCACAAGGCACAGCAUCAGGGUUGGGGUCGUGCUCGGCGCGCAGUUAGAAUAAAAUGCUCAAAAAAUGCGGGCCUUACGGAAAAAAAAAAU